CCACCCCUUUCGAGCUGAUUCUGAGCCUGCGCGGACCAAGCCAGACUAGAUUUAAUGUUGCCGCCGACCGUCUCUGAAUUUAAAGGGCCCGCUCCCUUCCCGAAGUUGGUUUGAAGUCAAACUGUGGUUGUGGACGGCGCUUUCUCAUGGGACCUGUACGGUUGGGAAUAUUGUUAUUCGUUGUGGCAGUGUAUAGUGCUUGGGCUGGAACGUCGCAAGAGGAGGACGAUGACACAGAACGCUUGCCCAGCAAAUGCGAAGUGUGUAAGCUACUGAGCAUGGAGUUACAGGAGAAGCUGAGUCACACUGGCCGAUCUCGAGAGGUAUUGGAGCUGGGGCAGGUGCUGGACACAGGCAAGAGGAAGAAGCAUGUGCCUUAUACCAUUUCAGAGACAAGGCUGGAAGAGGCCUUGGAGAAUUUAUGUGAGCGGAUCCUGGAUUAUAGUGUUCAUGCUGAGCGCAAGGGGUCACUGAGAUACGCUAAGGGUCAGAGUCAGACCAUGGCAACGCUGAAAGGCCUGGUGCAGAAGGGAGUAAAGGUGGAUCUGGGGAUCCCUUUGGAGCUGUGGGAUGAGCCCAGUGUGGAAGUCACAUUCCUCAAGAAGCAGUGUGAGACGAUGCUGGAGGAGUAUGAAGAUGUCUUGGGAGACUGGUAUUUCCACCAUCAGGAGCAGCCCCUACAGCAUUUUCUCUGUGAAGGUCAUGUGCUCCCAGCUGCUGAAACUGCAUGUCUACAGGAAACUUGGACUGGAAAGGAGAAGAUCACAGAUGAUCAAGAGAAGGAAGAAGGGGAAGAAGAGGAAGAAGAGGAAGGAGAGGAAGAGGAGAUGACAAAGACAGAAAGACACUCCAAGCAUGACCCAGAGGAUCUUUGACCCUUGCCUUUGAACCCCCAGGAGGGGUUUAUAGAGAAGAACCCUCUGAAGUCUGAGCUGUCCCUGCCCCACAGCUUUAAGGGUGUGUGUUAGUGUGAGUGACCCAACCCCAACGCUUUUUGGGCAUGAAGGAUGGCAUGACUAUGGGGAGAAAGGUGGCAGCAGCAGGUGGAAGUCCUGCCUCCACAGAUGAGCCCCAUGCCUGCCAUUCCAUUGGCAAGUGUAUGUGUGGUGACAAUCCUGAGGCUUUUCCCUUUAAAUAUCUUUUCUGCUCCUCAGAGGUCAGCGAUGGCAUGGAGCUGUGGAUCUGGGGAAAGUCACUUUGCUUCUCAAGGGAUUUUAUUUUAGAUCCUUACAAGGAAGACAACAGAACAGACAUUCUCUACGACCUAUGUACACUACCUGUGUUCAGGAGGCUGCAAAUCAGCAAGCUGGGAACAAGAAUAGGAUACUGGAUGGGGGUGAGGCAGUGCUGAUUCAGUUAGGUGGGGUAGAUACUUGUCUGCUUCAUAUUAAUCUCACAGGUGCCAAAUUUUAUAUAUAGCUAUUAAACUUUUUUUUUCAGUA